AUGAAGGGAUCCCACUCGCUCCUCUGCCUCUUCUCUGUGGCAUGUGCUUUGAAUUGGAUGCUGACAGCCGGGAACAAAAUCUUCCACUUUGGACCCUGCAGGGUUUCCAUGAGCCUGACUGAGAUUAGGUCUGGUUUCACUGCAAUUAAAGCCAAUGUCCAAGCCAGAGACCCCAUCAGGACCCUCAGCAUCUUGUCUCAUCCUCAUUCUCUGCACAAGGUUAAGUCCUCAGAUCGAUGCUGCAUCACCCAUCACCUCUUCGACUUCUAUGUGGACAAAGUUUUCAAACACUGCAAGACUGAGGAUUCGUAUGUCAACCGUAAAAUCAGCAGCAUAGCCAACUCCUUCCUCAGUGUGAAGAAGAAACUCGGGCAGUGUCAUGAGCAAAAUAAGUGCAUAUGCGGAGACGAAUCCAAUGAGAAAUUUGAGCAAAUACUUCUGAACUAUGAGGCGCUGAAUGUCACAUCUGCAGCGAUUAAGUCCCUGGGUGAGCUGGACAUCCUACUAGACUGGAUGGAGAAGUCUCACUAG